AUGACGGAGGCAAAGCCCGACAGGGACCAGGCGAAGGAAAAGGCCAAGGCGGAAAAGGCUGCCAAGUUCGCUGCGAAGCAGGCGAAGCUGAAGGAAAAGCAGCAGCAGCAGAACUCGAAUAAGACGCAGGCACAGGCGCAACCCAAGAAAGAGAAAGUCGUCGAGACACUCCCUCCCUUCCAGGACCCUACCCCGCCUGGGGAGAAGAAGCAGAUCCAGUCGUUCGACAGCCCGCAUUUCUCUGCCUACAACCCCGGAGCGGUCGAGUCGUCCUGGUACACAUGGUGGGAGAAGAGCGGAUACUUCCGUCCUGAGUCCGGCAGGAAUGAUGUCGAUGGAAAAUUCGUUAUUCCCCUUCCUCCGCCAAAUGUCACCGGUGCUCUGCACUGCGGUCAUGCUCUGGCCAACUCGUUGCAGGAUACGCUUAUCAGAUGGCACCGCAUGAAGGGUUACACGACGUUAUGGGUUCCCGGCUGUGACCACGCCGGUAUCUCGACUCAGUCCGUCGUCGAGAAGAUGCUCUGGAGGAAGGAGAAGAAGACCCGCCACGACCUUGGCCGUGAGAAGUUCACUCGUCUUGUCUGGGACUGGAAGGAUGAAUACCACCAGCGCAUCAACAAUGCGCAGAGACGUAUGGGAGGUUCCAUGGACUGGUCGCGUGAGGCCUUCACUAUGGAUGAGCAACUUACUGCUGCCACCAUGGAGGCUUUCUGCCGCCUCUUCGAAGAGGGCUACAUCUACCGUUCCGACCGCUUGGUGAACUGGUGUACUCAGCUCAACACUGCGUUGAGUACUCUUGAGGUCGAGAACAAGGACAUCCCUGGCCGGACCUUGCUCUCCGUCCCCGGUUACGAGAAGAAGGUCGAGUUUGGUGUGUUGACCCACUUCAAGUAUCAGAUCGACGGAUCCAACGAGACCGUUGAGGUCGCCACGACCCGUCCCGAGACCAUGCUGGGUGACUCCGGUAUUGCUGUGCACCCGGAUGACAAGAGAUAUACCCACCUCGUCGGCAAGUAUGCGCGUCAUCCGUUCACGAACCGUCUUCUGAGGAUCGUUGCGGAUACCUAUGUCGACCCUGAAUUCGGUACUGGUGCUGUGAAGUUGACGCCUGCUCACGACUUCAACGACUACCAGCUCGGUCAGCGCCACAACCUCGAGUUCAUCAACAUCCUGAAUGAGGACGGCACCCUGAACGAAAAUGCGGCUCAGUUCAAGGGACAGAAGCGUUUUGAUGCUCGUUACACCGUCGUGGAAGAGUUGACGAAGCUGGGUCUCUUUGUGAAGAAGGAGUCCCAUGCCAUGAAGAUCCCGCUGUGCGAAAAGUCCAAGGAUGUCAUCGAGCCCUUGAUCAAGCCUCAGUGGUGGAUGCGUAUGAACGAAAUGGCAGAGGCAGCCGUCAAGGCUGUUGACGAGGGAAAGAUCACUAUUGCCCCUGAGACUGCCAACAAGUCAUACAAGCGCUGGUUGUCCUCCAUCAAUGACUGGUGUCUGUCCAGACAACUUUGGUGGGGUCACCGUAUCCCUGCUUACCGCGUCAUCUUCGAUGGAGAGUCGUCUUCUGAAAACGCUGAGACUCGCUGGGUUGUAGGAAGGACGGCCGAGGAGGCUCACGCGAAGGCCAAGGCGAAGUACGGAGACAAGGAGUUCCGUCUGGAGCAAGAUCCCGACUGCUUGGAUACCUGGUUCAGCAGUGGACUCUGGCCCAUGGCUACUCUCGGCUGGCCGAACACCGAGAAGCCCGACUUCAAGAACUUCUUCCCCACGAGUCUGCUGGAGACUGGAUGGGAUAUCCUGUUCUUCUGGGUUUCUCGUAUGAUUAUGCUGUCGCUGAAGCUUACCGGUGAAGUGCCCUUCAGCGAGGUCUACUGCCACAGCUUGAUUCGUGACUCCGAAGGUAGAAAGAUGAGCAAGUCUCUCGGUAACGUCAUCGACCCUCUGGAUAUCAUCCACGGUAUCGACCUUCAGGCGCUUCACGACAAGCUCCUUGUUGGAAACCUUCAAGAUAGCGAGAUCGAGAGGGCAACCAAGUACCAGAAGACUGCCUUCCCUCAAGGCAUUCCAGAGUGCGGAGCUGACGCCCUCCGGUUUACUCUCCUCUCCUACACCACUGGUGGAGGAGACAUUAACUUUGACAUCAAGGUCAUGCAUGCUUACCGCCGCUUCUGUAACAAGAUCUGGCAGGCUAGCAAGUAUGUCAUGGGUCGCCUUCCCCAGGGCUUUGUCCCAACUGCUAAGCUGGACACCUCGAAGCUUUCUCUCCCCGAGAAGUGGAUCCUCCACCGCAUGAACGUUGCUGUCAAGGGUGUGAACGAAGCCUUGGCUGCCCGUGAGUUCUCCAGAAGCACCAGGAUCAUCUACCAGUACUUCUACGAUGAGCUCUGCGACGUCUUCAUCGAGAACAGCAAGGCUAUCCUGUCCGACGGUACCCCUGAAGAACAGGCCAGUGCCCAGCAGACUCUGUACCGCGCGUUGGAUGUUGCCCUCCGCUUGGUUCACCCCAUCAUGCCUUUUAUCACCGAGGAGUUGUGGCAGCGUCUUCCCCGUAUGCAGGGAGACUCGACUGAGACGAUCAUGCUUGCGCCCUACCCAGAGUUCGACGCCAGCCUCGAGUUUGAGCAGGAUGCUGCCAACUACGAGCUGGGACUGAAGUGUGUCAUGGGUAUUCGCUCGUUGAUCGCUGAGUUCAACGUCCGCAACGAUGGACGUGCGUUUAUCAGGGCCUCGACCCCUGCCAGCCACGCCAGCAUUGAGCCUCAGGCUUCUGCUAUCAAGGCUCUUUCCGGCAAGGCGAUCACCGAGCUCAAGGUCCUCGGUCCUGAUGCCCCCGAGGAUGCCACUCCCCUUGGCUGCGCUAUCUUUGUCAUCUCUGCCGACAUCGUCGUCAUGGUCGACGUGGCUGCCGGCCUGACCGACAUCAACGCUGAGAUCAGCAAGCUUCGCAAGAAGCUCCAAAAGAGCCAGACCACGAUCCAGAAGCAGAACGAGGUCCUGACCCGUGAAGGCUUCGAAGAGAAGGUCAGCGAGGUCGUGCGCAGUGCUGAAAAGCAGAAGCUUGCCGACGCCGAGGCCGCGACGGAGAACUACAAGCGAACAAUCGAGCAGUUUGAGAAGAUGAGCCUGGGAAGUGCUUGAAUUCGAAAUUUCAAGUGCACUACUACUUCUUCUACUUAUAGAGGAAAUCAUGAUUCGAGUAUAUGAAAGAAAAGAAUCUCAGCGCUUUUUUUCUUGUUGUUUCUCCAUCUCAUGGUCUAUGUGAUGUGUAUGCGUGAUGUCCUAGCUUGUUAGAUAGGCCGUACAAAUAUAUUAAAUUAUGAAUCACAUCUCUUUGAACAUCGAGAGUUCUUCUUGCUAGGAUCCAUGGAAUGGAUGAUCGUCAAUGCAACGUAUUCUAGGAAAUCUAUAA